ACAUACAGUACUAUGGACCGUUUUAAACGGACCGACUUUUUUGUCAAAAUUUUCGACAUUUGUCUUUCAAAAACUUGGAACCUGUGUGCAGUCAUUUUAAACGUGUGACGUAGACUUGUGCAACUUGUGUCAAAAAAAAUGACGCCGUCCGUGAGUUGUAGCGCUCACUUCGAGACAACACAGACGACACAACACAAACCGCGGAAAACACGACAUCAUGGACACCGACAUGGAUAUCACGACCACCCAGCGUGGCCGGCAGACCAAAACCCCGGCGAAAUUCCAGCAGACGGGCUCUCUCGGUGCCGCCGUAGGCGGUGGAGGCUUGCUCUCCAGCAAGAUAGUGCUGCUGCCUGGCAUCUCGGGGAACACUCAUGUUACCACGGGAGGCGCUGCCGCCACCAACACUCCGAGCGAGGGUGGAGCAGGCCACCGGCGAGGGGUGGCAACCACUGCUCCUACCCCCCCGGGAAAAGGAAAAAACAAAGCGGCGGACGCGAAGCAACAACUGCAAGCCAUCAUGGCGGACCGCCGUUUUUCGGACGACACAGCAACAGCAGACAGCAUCGUCAACGUUGGCAACAGCGACGAUAGCAAUAGCGACAGCGACAGAUGACUCACACACAACCCUAGCUGACUUUCUACGGUGAGGGGCACUCGUGGUGCAGACGCAGCAGCCCUCGCGUGCCUCUGCAAGGGUACUUUGGAAAGUGCUCCAAAUACUUUGAGAGGGUUGUCAAAAAGUUGGAACGAAGUGAAGCAAAGUUUUCGCGCCCAACUUCGUUCCAAAUAUUUUUGAAAAAAAUGGACAAACGCCUACAUACAGGUUCCAUUUUUUUGACACUUUCAAAGAUUUUGACAAAAAGUCGGUCAGUUUAAAACGGCCCUAUAUGUAGCUGCGCUACAGGCUACAGAGCCGAAUCCAGAGGGCUUGUGUUGUACAAGUAGACUAGUCUAAGGCGACAAACCGUCGAUGUAUUAUUGACGCUGUGACAAGUGAAACAAAUAUCGUAUGCGAGGUGGGGGAGGGACCAGACAACGACCCCAGCGCCAAAUCAAUCAUCAUUGACAUGACGAGGCAUGCAUGUAAGCCAACACAAUGCUGUUCAGACUGAUGAGUGUCUGCGGCCUACGGAAAACAACGAUUAGUCUAUACUACUGGACACUUACCAAGAUGAUGCGAUUGAUAUUGGUGGCGUGGUUGUCUGCACCGCAAAAAAAUAUUUACGGUGCAGGUUUCAAUGGUUGGAAAGACUCCUGCGAGAUCUGACGAUCGGUGCAGUUUGGACUCCAUCGUGCUCUCCAAACUCAAAACAGAAAAAAAGAAACAUAGGCAGAGAGUAUUGAGCACAGAAAAAAAAGAAGAGGCAAAGACCAAGAAAAACAGGGCCACAAAGGAAACCGCUGCAUUUCUCAAGCACAAAGAAAUCGCAUAUAUAAUGUACCGAAAAGUGAACUGAAAAAAACAGUUAUCGGCUCAUGAGGCGACACACGACACAGAGCUAGAAAACACGCACGCACCCCUUUUCUAAAACCGGCCACAACACAUCCAAAUAAAACGCCCUAAAUAGCUGCCUCUCCGACCAGCACCAGCGGGGUUUCUAUUUUACGACCGUCCCUUGCUUCGUUUUGAACAUGGGGCCAAAACAUGCAGCGAAAGUUCACGUACAGAGUAUCGUACUGUGAGCGCCCGGGACGUUCCACACAUCUCAGUAGUCACCACCAAGGACGUACACAUACAUACCGUUGUCUACCGUUGUCAUCACAUAGUUCAAGUCAUCAUCUACAAAACAAGACCGCGAAAAUCAUCGGCGUCUAAAGAAGCGCCCCCGUUGCUUCAGCCCCCUCUCGCUCGCCGAUCUAUCCAAGCGAUAACAAGCACACCAAACAUUGAAAAAAAAAACGUUGGACCCCAAAAGAGCGGUAGCGUGGUGGCGAUGCCAGCGUCCAUGUUGAAACUCCACAUCACUCGACCACAACCUGACUCCACCUUGGCACGCCCUGUAACGACUACUCAACAACACCGUCGAAAAGCGACUAAGUUUGGCUUUUCUCCGUCACAAGCUCUGUACGAACUCCGCUGCCUUCACACGUACGUCACCCACAUACAGCACAAUCCUACUGUACCCUGCUCCCUACCCCCUGCUACCGCAGACCCGAUAGCCACUCUUCGUACGGUUGCUAACCUCCCGUGGUUAACCCGUUUACUUAGAAAACGGAAUGUCGUGAUUCCGCGGUAUAUCCACAAAGCAGUCAUACGGCACACAAAAACAAUAACAUGGUAUAUUUGUUCCGCAACAUGAACGGCAUAACUCAGCUCUUCGCGGAAUUCCACGGAAAAAAGUAAACAACGGAAUACCGCCUGCGCCGUAAUUCUCGUCAGAAGUCCAUCCAAUAUACAAAAUCAAUCGAACACCCUCCCAUCCCUGCGCCAUUCAAUCACAUCCCAUUCCAUCCAGUUCCCUCCCACUUGCUGAGCGCAUGGAAUGAGACACCACCGCCGGGUUCCUCAUUCCAUAGCAUUCCGUUCCUCAUGGAUACGGCUAUGUUUGGCAUUCCGUCCCUCCUAGUUACUGCGGUCGAUCCGGCGAACAACAUCAUGUACGAAUGCGCGCGGGUCGGGCGAGAGAGUUGCAUUGCACCCGUGUCACCCCCAUCGCCACUCCUACAGCGCUCAAUCUUCCCUCCAUCACGACACGAAGCAACAACAAUUCAUGAGCUCAUGAGCCGGGGGCAUCUCUCGCCAUAAACUGUAACUUCCCUACAUGCCACACCAUGCCACGGACCAUCCACCCGACCAGGUGCCGACAAGAGCUUGAUCGAGCCCCCUUGAUAUCACGCACUACAGCGUCUACUAAAAGUGGCGGCGAGAUAGCAGCCCCGCCCAGACAAAUACUCGAAGCCCGAUUGCUCCGGACCCCACGUUCCCGUCGCCGCAACGCUUUGCGGCGUCUUUGUGGCGGAAGAGCACAUCUUCCUACGUUGGUUGUUGCUGUUGUCUUCACACUAAAGUACAAACCGUUCCAAUCUCGUUUCCCAUGUACCUUUAUUUGUCCGUACUGUAGUUUAACAUUUUACACGGUCGAUUCCCGUGGUUUUUAGGGUAUCAUACCCAAAAAAGGGAGAUAUAUACUAGAAAACAAAUGGACCCGAGUGGUCCGCAUAGAUCACCAAAAAGAGAAACGAUGACCCUACAGAACC